AUGGCUGUUACCAGUUACGCGUUUCACACCAGAAAGACGUAUCUCAGCUUGGCGGUCGUUCUUUUGGCGCUCGUGUGGUACCUGGAGCUGCACUGCCGUGAGGGCUGGAUCAAGCUCUGGCUGUGGCAGUCGGACGUCGAAAGGGAGUUCUGCCUUGUGGAGACGCCGCCAAAGGUGCAGAAUGCCUUCAUGCCACCCGUGGAUUGUAGUAUAUGCAAAGGCCUCUCGCAAGUGGAACGGCGUCAGAAACUGACACCACAGGAGUUUCAACAAAGGUAUGCAUAUUCCGGCGUGCCACUGGUGAUAACGGAUGCUGCACACAACUGGACAGCGCUGGAAACGUUUUCACUGACAUUCUUUAGAAACCUUUAUGAAGGCGCAGCAACAACUAGUUCGUCGAAGCAUUACUGCCAGUUCUUCCCGUACAAGACAGAAUUCAAGAACUUGUACGAUGUAUUCAAUAUGAGUCCCGAACGUGCCAAAAGUCCCUGGUACAUUGGCUGGAGCAACUGCAAUCCUAGUGUGGCAGACAUCCUUCGUAAGCACUACCAGAGGCCCUAUUUCCUGCCGGACCAUUCGGAGGGGUCAACACUAGACUGGAUCUUCAUGGGGAGCCCUGGCUAUGGUGCCCACAUGCAUAUCGACCAUGUAGGCAAGCCUUCUUGGCAGGCACAAAUUCGGGGGCGGAAGCAAUGGAACUUGGAACCGGUACCGGAAUGCUACGCUGACUGUCACAAUCUGCAAGUCGUUGUUGAUCCAGGAGAAAUCAUUGUGGUGGAUUCCAACCUGUGGUACCACAAGACACUCAUCAUUGGGGACGAGUUGAGCAUUGCCAUCGGGUCAGAAUACGACUAAUCCUUCACAGCCUGACUCAAGCAAGCGCAGCAACAGUGUCGCCUGCGGUCGAGGAUACAGUUCCGAUGCUCCAGGCAACCAUGUCUUGACUUCAAGCUUUUACUUUCUUGCCAUAGUUUAAACUGAAAAAAUAAACAUUAGAACCUUGGUUUGCA